CUCGCUUGCUCUAGCGGUUAUCUUGAGUAGGUUCGGUUAUUUUUUUUUCCCCUUAUUCCUUCAAAACCACUUCUGCUCUUCGAAGUUUUGUAACCUCCACUUGGUUUCCUGUGGCCGCCAUCUUGCCUCCUGUGACAAUUCACACGCUGUGUGACUGGGUAUCUUGGAAAGCCUCAGUUUUAUGACCCGGUGGAGCCGGUGGACUUCGAAGGGCUUCUGAUGACACACCUGAGCAGCCUGGAUGUGCAGCUGGCCCAGGAGCUGGGGGACUUCACGGAGGACGACUUGGACGUGGUGUUCACGCCGAAGGAAUGUCGCACUCUGCAGCCCUCUUUGCCGGAGGAAGGGGUCGAACUGGACCCUCACGUCCGAGACUGUGUUCAGACCUAUGUCCGGGAGUGGCUAAUCGUGAACCAGAAACACCAAGGAAGUUCAGAGAUUUGCAGCUUUAAAAAGACUGGAUCCCGCAAAGACUUUCACAAGACGCUUCAGAAACAGACGUUUGAGUCCGAAUCCUUGGAGAGCAGUGAGCCCAGCGCACAGGCGCGCCCCCGCCACUUAAGUGUGCUGUGUGACGUGUCUGGGAAAGGCCCCGCCACUGCCUGUGGCUUCGACCUCCGUAGCCUGCAGCCUGACCAGCGGCUGGAAAACCUCCUGCAGCAGGUCAGCGCCGAGGACUUCGAGAAGCAGAACGAGGAGGCUCGGAGGACCAAUCGGCAGGCGGAGCUCUUUGCCUUGUACCCGCCGGUGGACGAGGAGGAUGCCGUGGAAAUACGUCCAGUACCAGAAUGUCCUAAGGAACAUCUGGGCAACAGAAUCCUGGUCAAGGUCCUGAACCUGAAGUUCGAGAUCGAAAUUGAGCCUCUCUUUGCCAGCAUUGCCCUCUAUGAUGUUAAAGAAAGGAAAAAGAUCUCAGAAAAUUUUCACUGUGACCUGAAUUCCGACCAGUUCAAAGGACUUCUGCGUGCUCACACGCCAUCUGUCGCCCCGUCAAGUCAGGCAAGAUCGGCGGUGUUUUCGGUCACCUACCCGUCCUCCGACAUCUACCUGGUAGUCAAGAUUGAAAAAGUCCUGCAGCAGGGAGAGAUUGGCGACUGUGCGGAGCCCUACAUGGUUAUCAAAGAGAGCGAUGGUGGAAAGAGUAAAGAUAAGAUCGAAAAACUAAAACUUCAAGCUGAAUCCUUCUGCCAGCGUUUGGGGAAAUACCGGAUGCCUUUUGCCUGGGCUCCCAUAAGCUUAGCAAGUUUCUUCAAUGUCUCCACCCUGGACAGGGAGGUAACCGAUGCGGAGUCCAUGGUUGGGAGAAACUCUGUGGGGGAGCGGAGGACGCUGUCCCAGUCUAGAAGGCUUUCCGAAAGAGCCCUCUCCCUGGAGGAGAACGGGGCCGGACCCAACUUCAAGGCCACCCCCGUGACCAUUAACAGCUUCUUCAAGCAGGAGGGGGAUCGCCUCAGUGAUGAAGACUUAUUCAAGUUUUUGGCGGACUACAAAAGAUCUUCUUCCUUACAGAGAAGAGUCAAGUCAAUUCCAGGUUUGCUCCGACUGGAAAUUUCUCCAGCUCCAGAGAUCAUCAACUGCUGCCUGACUCCUGAAAUGCUGCCAGUGAAACCUUUUCCUGAAAACCGGACACGUCCCCACAAAGAGAUUCUGGAAUUUCCAAUCCGGGAAGUCUAUGUGCCCCAUACCGUGUACAGAAACCUUCUCUAUGUCUACCCGCAGAGGCUAAACUUCGCCAAUAAACUAGCAUCUGCCCGGAACAUCACAAUAAAGAUUCAGUUUAUGUGCGGAGAGGAGGCGAGCAACGCUCUGCCGGUCAUCUUUGGAAAAUCAAAUGGCCCAGAAUUUCUCCAGGAAGUUUACACAGCCGUGACUUACCAUAACAAGUCUCCGGACUUCUAUGAAGAAGUGAAAAUCAAGCUUCCGGCUAAGCUCACGGUCCAUCACCACCUCCUGUUCACCUUCUAUCAUAUCAGCUGUCAGCAGAAGCAAGGCGCCUCCGUGGAAGGUCUCCUGGGGUAUUCGUGGCUGCCAAUUCUCUUAAAUGAACGCCUCCAAACUGGAUCCUACUGUCUCCCAGUUGCCCUGGAGAAGCUGCCGCCCAACUAUUCCAUGCAUUCUGCGGAGAAAGUCCCUUUACAGAAUCCUCCCAUUAAGUGGGCGGAAGGACAUAAGGGAGUCUUCAAUAUUGAAGUGCAAGCUGUUUCUUCGGUUCACGCCCAGGACAACCACCUGGAGAAGUUCUUCACCCUCUGCCACUCCCUGGAGAGCCAGGUGACCUUCCCCAUCCGCGUGCUGGACCAGAAGAUCACGGAGGCAUCCCUGGAGCACGAGCUGAAGCUCAGCCUCAUCUGGCUGAACUCCUCCCGCCUGGAGGCUCUAGUGCUCUUCUUGCACCUGGUGCUGGACAAGCUCUUCCAGCUGUCCGUGCAGCCCAUGGUCAUCGCCGGCCAGACAGCCAACUUCUCCCAGUUCGCCUUUGAGUCCGUGGUGGCCAUCGCCAACAGUCUACACAACAGCAAGGACCUGGCCAAGGACCAGCACGGGAGGAACUGCCUGCUGGCCUCCUACGUGCACUAUGUCUUCCGCCUGCCGGAGCCACCAAGGGACUCGCCCAAGUCAGGUGCCCCCGCUGGCCUCCCUGACCCUCGCUACCACACCUACGGACGCACGUCUGCGGCCGCCGUGAGCUCAAAGCUGCUGCAGGCACGGGUGAUGAGCAGCAGCAAUCCAGACCUCGCGGGGCCGCACUGUGCAGCAGACGAGGAGGUAAAGAACAUCAUGUCGUCAAAGGUCGCCGAUCGCAACUGCAACCGGAUGUCCUACUACUCCGCUGGCAAUAACGAUGUGUCCAGUUCGACCACAGCCCCGAGGCCGGCCAGCAAAAAGCAUUUCCAUGAGGAGCUUGCCCUGCAGAUGGUGGUCAGCACCGGGAUGGUGAGAGAAAACGUCUUCAAGUACGCCUGGUUCUUCUUCGAGCUUCUGGUGAAAAGCAUGGCCCAGUAUGUACAUAACAUGGACAAACGGGACAACUUUCGGAGAACUCGUUUUUCCGACCGUUUCAAAGAUGACAUAACCACUAUUGUGAAUGUGGUCACCUCGGAGACUGCUGCCCUUUUAGUGAAACCUCAGAAGGAAAACGAACAGGCAGAAAAGAUGAACAUCAGCCUGGCUUUCUUCUUGUAUGACCUUCUCUCACUCAUGGAUCGUGGCUUCGUUUUUAACCUCAUCAAACAUUAUUGUAACCAGCUGUCGGCCAAGCUCAACAACCUCCCAAUGCUCAUUUCCAUGAGGCUGGAGUUUCUGAGAAUCCUCUGCAGCCACGAGCAUUACCUCAAUCUGAACCUCUUCUUCAUGAAUGCCGAGACUGCUCCAACAUCCCCCUGCCCCUCCAUCUCUUCCCAGAACUCGAGCUCCUGCUCCAGUUUCCAGGACCAGAAGAUUGCCAGCAUGUUCGACCUGACUCCCGAGUACCGUCAGCAGCACUUCCUCACUGGACUGCUCUUCACGGAACUCGCGGCUGCCCUGGACGCGGAGGGGGAAGGGAUCAGCAAAGUGCAAAGGAAGGCAGUCAGCGCCAUCCACAGCCUCCUGAGCUCUCACGACCUGGACCCGCACUGCGUCAGACCAGAGGUGAAGGUCAAAAUUGCUGCCCUUUACCUGCCUUUGGUUGGCAUCAUUUUGGAUGCUUUGCCCCAACUCUAUGACUUCACAGCUGCAGAUGCCCGUAAUGGGAAGAAUCGUGCCAAUGGCUCAGAAGAAGAGCAAGACGGGGCCAGUGCAAUGAACCAGAAUGUGGCGCUGGCCAUAGCUGGGAAUAAUUUUAACUUGAAGACAAGUGGCGCAAUGCUUUCUUCCCUGCCCUACAAACAGUACAACAUGCUGAAUGCUGACACGACCCGGAACCUCAUGAUCUGCUUCCUGUGGAUCAUGAAAAACGCUGACCAGAGCCUCAUCCAGAAGUGGAUCGCCGACCUGCCAUCCAUGCAACUGAACCGGAUUUUAGACCUCCUUUUCAUCUGUGUCUCGUGUUUCGAGUACAAGGGCAAACAGAGUUCUGACAAAGUCAGUACCCAAGUCCUGCAGAAGUCGAGGGAUGUCAAGGCCAAGCUGGAAGAGGCGCUGCUCCGCGGGGAAGGGGCCAGGGGGGAGAUGAUGCGACGCUGCCGGGUUCCAGGGAAUGACCGAUUUCCAGGCCUAAGUGAAAAUUUGAGAUGGCGGAAGGAGCAGACAGAGUGGCGGCAAGCUAAUGAGAAGCAAGAUAAAACAAAGGCAGAAUUAGAUCAAGAAGCCUUGAUCAGUGGUAAUCUGGCGACAGAAGCAAAUUUAAUCAUCCUGGAUAUGCAGGAAAACAUUAUCCAGGCAAGCUCUGCUCUGGACUGUAAAGACAGCCUGCUGGGCGGUGUUCUGAGGGUCCUGGUGAAUUCUCUGAGCUGUGACCAGAGCACCACCUACCUGACUCACUGCUUUGCAACCCUCCGGGCUCUCAUUGCCAAGUUCGGGGACCUGCUGUUUGAGGAGGAGGUGGAGCAGUGUGCCGACCUGUGUCAGCGGGUGCUGCACCACUGCAGCAGCAGCAUGGACGUGACGCGGAGCCAAGCCUGCGCCACCCUCUACCUCCUCAUGAGGUUCAGCUUUGGAGCCACCAGCAACUUCGCCAGGGUGAAGAUGCAGGUAACCAUGUCUCUGGCAUCUCUGGUGGGCAAAGCACCAGACUUCAACGAGGAGCACCUGCGAAGGUCCUUGCGGACGAUCCUGGCCUACGCGGAGGAGGACACGGCCAUGCAGGCCACGCUCUUCCCCGCCCAGGUGGAGGAACUCCUGUGCAACCUGAAUAGCAUCUUAUAUGACACGGUGAAAAUGAGGGAGUUUCAGGAAGACCCUGAGAUGCUUAUGGAUCUCAUGUACAGGAUUGCCAAGAGUUACCAGACAUCUCCUGAUCUGCGGCUGACGUGGCUCCAGAACAUGGCCGAGAAACACACGAAGAAGAAGUGCUACACGGAGGCGGCCAUGUGCCUGGUGCACGCGGCCGCCUUGGUGGCGGAGUACCUGGGCAUGCUGGAGGACCACAGCUACUUGCCCGUGGGCAGCGUCAGCUUCCAGAAUAUUUCUUCGAAUGUGCUGGAGGAGUCUGCAGUCUCCGAUGACACCUUGUCACCUGACGAGGACGGUGUGUGCUCCGGCCGGUACUUCACCGAGAGCGGCCUGGUGGGGCUCCUGGAGCACGCGGCUGAGCUGUUCAGCACGGGAGGACUGUACGAGACCGUGAACGAGGUCUACAAGCUGGUCAUUCCCAUCCUGGAAGCACAUAGAGACUUCCGGAAGCUGACCUCCACACACGACAAGCUACAGAAGGCUUUCGACAGCAUCAUUAGCAAGGGUCAUAAGAGAAUGUUUGGAACCUACUUCCGAGUUGGUUUCUAUGGAUCCAAAUUUGGGGAUUUAGAUGAGCAGGAAUUUGUUUACAAGGAGCCUGCAAUUACCAAGCUCCCUGAGAUCUCUCACAGACUAGAGGGAUUUUAUGGUCAGUGUUUUGGUGCAGAAUUUGUGGAAGUGAUAAAAGACUCUGCUCCAGUGGACAAAACCAAAUUGGAUCCUAACAAGGCCUACAUACAAAUCACCUUCGUGGAGCCCUACUUCGAUGAGUAUGAGAUGAAAGACAGGGUCACCUACUUCGAGAAGAAUUUCAAUCUGCGGAGGUUCAUGUACACCACGCCCUUCACGCUGGAGGGCCGGCCGCGGGGGGAGCUCCACGAGCAGUACCGGAGGAACACGGUCCUCACCACCAUGCACGCCUUCCCCUACAUCAAGACCAGGAUCCGCGUCAUCCAGAAGGAAGAGUUUGUUUUGACACCAAUUGAAGUUGCCAUUGAAGAUAUGAAGAAGAAGACCCUUCAGUUAGCGGUCGCCAUCAACCAGGAACCCCCUGAUGCCAAGAUGCUUCAGAUGGUGCUGCAGGGCUCCGUGGGAGCAACUGUGAACCAGGGACCACUGGAAGUAGCCCAAGUGUUCUUGGCCGAGAUCCCAGCUGACCCAAAGCUCUAUCGGCAUCACAACAAGCUGAGGCUGUGCUUUAAGGAAUUCAUAAUGCGAUGCGGCGAGGCCGUGGAGAAAAACAAGCGUCUCGUCACUGCAGACCAGAGGGAAUAUCAGCAGGAACUCAAAAAGAACUACAACAAGCUGAAAGAGAACCUCAGGCCAAUGAUCGAGCGGAAAAUUCCAGAACUCUACAAGCCGAUAUUCAGAGUUGAGAGUCAAAAGAGAGACUCCUUCCACAGAUCCAGUUUCAGGAAAUGUGAAACCCAGUUGUCACAGGGCAGCUAAGAAAAGCUGUCUUCACGCUUAAGAGACUGCGGCCUCGUGACCCGGGAGAAGCCCUCACUGGUACUGAAAACACGGGACAUUUGCCGUGCGGGACCGACCACGUGCUCCCAACAGAGAGAGCCCUGGAAGUUUCAGGAUCGGAGUGACCAGGGGAUUACACCCAAAUGGGGUCCAAUUAGAUUUCAGCCAUACUGGGGGAGGGGGAUGGUGGAAGAUGCUAAUCAGAGGUGCCGACGUAUUCAUCAAAGCACGCUUUUUCACAAUAUUGCACAAAACAAGGCAGACACGGCGGCAUCUCCUGCCGAAUGGUCGCUCACGGUCUGCAGGAGAGAGAGAGAAUGUCUCUGGCCAUAUUUGAAUUUGCAGGAUAACCCCAGUCUGCCCAUGGGAAGAUGGAAAACUUGUCCCCCGUCCUAUUCAAAGUGAACUUCACUCCUUUCCUGUUUGUGGGAAAGGGUGAGCGGGCAGGUGUGCAAAACAUAAACAUGUUCAAUAAAUGUGUCAGGGAAGUCCUCACGAGAAACCCGAAAGUCAUCAUGAUUGGAAACCUGGGGGUAGGUUAAUAAUUUGUGACUAAUUGGUAACGGUGGACUAAGUGUAUAGUUAUUUUUGCUUAAUCCUUACUGUGUUAAGUUAAUUUAACAAGCGUAUAGAGAGGAGCCCUGGACCCAGUGAGUUACGAGAUCUCCAGUGCUCCGUUAUAUUUACUUCCGCUCCCUCUUGCUCACUCUUUGUCUGCUCCUGUCCGGGACCAAGUCUAUUUCUAUAAAAGGAUAGUAUCUCUCCUUUCCUUUCGGAACCUGGUGCUGCCCAUCAGCAUGUGUGUGUCUGUCGGCUACACAGGACAGUCAACAUUGACUUCUUCUGACAUGGAAGGAGAUAGAUGGACGUAAUUAUUGUUCAAGAAUUAAAUGAUCUAUUUUUCAUAUGAAUGAUGACCUUUGGUACUAAAAAUGUAGUGAGAAUUAUAAGCAAAAUGCUUCCCUUUGCAA